GUCGAGAAUUUUUCUCCUUCAAAUCAUUGGUCCUCCGAAGCGCAGUCGCGCUCCCCGGAUUGGUCGACGUACCACUCCCUGGAGCCUCCGUCCACGAGCCCCUCCUUCCUCCCUCUGCUUCGGUUCUCAAAUAGACCAUGGCCCUGAGAGCAUGUGGCUUGAUCAUCUUCCGAAGACGCCUCAUUCCCAAGGUAGACAACGCUUCAAUUGAGUUUCUACUGCUGCAGGCAUCAGAUGGCAUUCAUCACUGGACUCCUCCUAAAGGCCAUGUGGAACCCGGAGAAAAUGAAUUGGAAACAGCUCUGCGGGAGACUCAGGAGGAAGCAGGCCUAACAGCAAGCCAGCUGACCAUCAUUGAGGGGUUCAGAAGGGAGCUCAAUUAUGUGGCCAGGAAGAAGCCUAAAACAGUCAUCUACUGGCUGGCAGAGGUGAAGGACUAUGACGCAGAGAUCCGCCUCUCCCACGAGCACCAAGCUUACCGCUGGCUGGGGCUGGAGGAGGCCUGCCAGUUGGCUCAAUUCAAGGAUAUGGAGGCAUUACUCCAAGAAGGACACCAGUUUCUCUGCUCCACAGUGGCCUGAGCUGAAACACAGUCAUUUGCCUCAGUAGGAUCCUUGAGGGCCUUUCUGAGAUGAACCCACCUUCAGCUCCAGGGAAGGUUGUGCUGGUCUGGCUCAUCAUAGCAAAGAACAGGUAGGUUAGUAAAUCAGCCUUGCACACUCAGAGGCGAGCAGGCAAAAAUCUGAGCUGGGUGGAAAGGAAGGUAAAGGAGGAAUUUUAAAAAAAAGUGCAUCCUUGUACAAAAUAAACCUUAAUCAACCUA